AUGUCCAUAUACGAUCCCUUCGGACUACUUGCCAACGUAACAAUUUCCGCCAAAUUACUUAUUCAGGCCUUGUGGAAACAAAGCAUCGCCUGGGAUGAAGAGCUGCCGAUACAUUUAGCAGCACAGUGGGAGUCUUGGUGGUCGAACUUUCAGUCAGUAAAAUCGUUUUCAAUACCACGCUGUUACUCGGGUUUGAUACCGACCGCUGACAGCAUCCAACUACACAUUUUCGUCGAUGCCAGCACACGUGCAUACGCAGCAGCCGCGUACUUGAGAGUAAAAAAGGAACAUGCAGUGAAGGUAACUCUCGUUUGCGCCAAAGCAACUUGCGCGCCACUUAAAACAAUGACGGUUCCAAGGUUGGAACUACAAGCUGCAGUCCUCGGAUGUCGUAUCAAAACACUGGUGGAAGAAGGUCACGGCAUUCCCAUCGACAGCAUCACUUUUUGGAGCGACUCGCAGACGGUUAUUCUGUGGAUACGUUCACACGCGCGAACGUACAAACCGUUCGUAGCACAUCGGAUCGCAGAGAUCCUAACUACAACGACAACUAAUCAGUGGCGAUGGGUGCCUACGAACCUAAACGUCGCAGACGAAGCUACUCGCGCCAUGCUGAAACCCGAGUUCUCGUCACACUCCCGCUGGUUUAGUGGACCACAAUUUUUACACCAGGACGAGGAAUGCUGGCCUCGAGAAACAAUUUUGACGUCCGACGACUGUGCCAACGAGGAGAUCACUAGUCGACACCUGCUUCUGUGCAACACGGUCAGAGCCAUAGCCUGGGUGUUGCGAUUUGUCAACAACACCAGGAGCAAAGACCGUAGUGAUGGCGAACUACAUGUCGACGAACUAGCCGCCGCCGAGGAGCGUAUAUGCCGCAUGGUGCAAAAAGAAGCGUAUCAACAUGAAAUCGAUUUGCUGCGAAAGAAGUCACCGUUGCCAAAAAGUUCCAGUAUUUAUCAACUGACACCAUACUUAGAUGAAAAGG